UUAUUUUUAUUGAUUUUUUAUUUUUAUUUUAUUUUUAAUAAUUUUUUUUUUUUUUUAAUUUUUUUUUGGUGGGUGUGGUCGCGUUUCCGCGCUCGUCGGGAGAAAACAGGAAUUCACAGGGGGAAAAAACAGGAAUUCACAGGGAAAAACAGGAAUUCACAGGGAGAAAACAGGAAUUCACAGGGGGAAAAAACAGGAAUUCACAGGGAAAAACAGGAAUUCACAGGGAGAAAACAGGAAUUCACAGGGGAAAAAACAGGAAUUGACAGGGAAAAACAGGAAUUCACAGGGAGAAAACAGGAAUUCACAGGGGGAAAAACAGGAAUUCACAGGGAAAAACAGGAAUUCACAGGGAGAAAACAGGAAUUCACAGGGGGAAAAAACAGGAAUUCACAGGGAAAAACAGGAAUUCACAGGGGAAAAAACAGGAAUUCACAGGGAAAAACAGGAAUUCACAGGGAGAAAACAGGAAUUCACAGGGGGAAAAACAGGAAUUCACAGGGAAAAACAGGAAUUCACAGGGAGAAAACAGGAAUUCACAGGGGGAAAAACAGGAAUUCACAGGGAAAAACAGGAAUUCACAGGGAGAAAACAGGAAUUCACAGGGGGAAAAAACAGGAAUUGACAGGGGGAAAAACAGGAAUUCACAGGGAAAAACAGGAAUUCACAGGGGAAAAACAGGAAUUCACAGGGGAAAAAACAGGAAUUCACAGGGGGAAAAAACAGGAAUUGACAGGGGAAAAACAGGAAUUCACAGGGGGAAAAAACAGGAAUUCACAGGGGGAAAAAACAGGAAUUCACAAGGGAAAAACAGGAAUUGACAGGGAGAAAAACAGGAGGAGUGGGGACAGGGAGCAGGAAAGGUACCAGGUGUAUUCCCAAGGAUCCCUGAGCGCCGAGGAGAUCUGCAUGGACCUGGCCCAGAGGAUUGGAAUCACCCCCCUGUGCUGCAGCCUCUUCGCUCUGUACGAGCCCCAGAGCCGGCUCUGGCUGCCCCCAAACCACAAAUUCCACAUCGGGAAGGAGACCAACGUCAGCCUGCUCUUCAGGAUGAGGUUUUAUUUCAGGAACUGGCACGGCUUGAACCAACAGGAGCCCGCGGUUUUCCGGAAUUUUCCACGGCCCGGGGAUUAUCCCGAGGAAAAAAAUCCUGGGGAAAAAUCUCCUGGGGGAGCUGUGCUGGAUCGAGCCUCCUUCGAGUACCUGUUUGAGCAGGGCAAGUUCGAGUUCACGAGGGGCUCGGAGCUGCGGGAGCCGCGCUCGGAGCCGGAGCCUCGGAGCUGCCAGGCCGAGAGCCUGGGCAUGGCCGUGCUGCACCUGGCUCACCUGGCCCUGAGCAGGGGCGUGUCCCUGCAGCAGGCGGCCUCUGCCUGCAGGUCCCCCCUCCUCCUCCUCCUCCUCCUCCUCCUCAUUUCCCCCUUUUUUCCCACCUUUUUCCCCCUUUUUUCACUUUUUUUUUGCUUUUUUUCCGCUUUUUUUCGCCUCUUUUUCCCCCCUUUUUUUCCCUCUUUAUCCCCUGUUACCUUUCCCCUUUAUUCCCUUUUUCCCCCUUUAUUCCCUUUCCCCUUUCCCCUUUAUCCCCCUUUAUUCCCCUUUUCCCCCUUUAUCCCCCGUUUUUCCCCCUUUAUUCCCUGGGCAUGGCCCGUGCUGCACCUGGCUCACCUGGCCCUGAGCAGGGGCGUGUCCCUGCAGCAGGCGGCCUCUGCCUGCAGGUCCCUCCUCCUCCUCCUCCUCCUCCUCCUCCUCAUUUCCCCCUUUUUUCCCACCUUUUUCCCCCUUUUUUUCACUUUUUUUCCACUUUUUUCUGCUUUUUUUCACCACUUUUUUUCCCCUUUUUUCCCCUCUUUAUCCCCUGUUCCCUUUCCCCUUUAUCCCCUUUAUCCCCUGUUCCCUUUCCCCCUUUAUUCCCCUUCCCCUUUAUUCCCUUUAUUCCCUUUAUUCCCUUUUUCCCCCUUUAUUCCCUUUCCCUUUCCCCCUUUCCCCCUUUAUUCCCCUUUUCCCCCUUUAUCCCCCGUUUUUCCCUCUCCCCCUGGCCAUGGCCGUGCUGCACCUGGCUCACCUGGCCCUGAGCAGGGGCGUGUCCCUGCAGCAGGCGGCCUCUGCCUGCAGGUCCCUCCUCCUCCUCCUCCUCCUCCUCCUCCUCAUUUCCCCCUUUUUUUCCACCUUUUUCCCCCUUUUUUUCACUUUUUUUCCACUUUUUUCUGCUUUUUUUCACCACUUUUUUUCCCCUUUUUUUCCCUCUUUAUCCCCUGUUCCCUUUCCCCUUUAUCCCCUUUAUUCCCUGUCCCCUUUCCCCUUUAUUCCCUUUCCCCUUUCUCCCCCUUUCUCCCCCUUUAUCCCCUGUUCCCUUUCUCCCUUUAUUCCAUUUUCCCUUUAUUCCCUUUUUCCCCCUUUAUUCCCUGUUUCCCCCUUUUCCCCCUUUCCCCCUUUAUUCCCUUCCCCCCUUUCCCCUUUAUUCCCUUUAUCCCCUUUAUCCCCUGUUCCCUUUCCCCCCUUUAUUCCCUUUCCCCUUUAUUCCCUGUUUCCCCCUUUAUUCCCUUUCCCCUUUAUUCCAUUUUCCCUUUAUUCCCUUUUUCCCCCUUUAUUCCCUUUCCCCCUUUCCCCCUUUCCCCCUUUAUUCCCCUUUUCCCCCUUUAUCCCCCGUUUCUCCCUCUCCCCCUGGCCAUGGCCGUGCUGCACCUGGCUCACCUGGCCCUGAGCAGGGGCGUGUCCCUGCAGCAGGCGGCCUCUGCCUGCAGGUCCCCCCUCCUCCUCCUCCUCCUCCUCCUCCUCCUCAUUUCCCCCUUUUUUCCCACCUUUUUCCCCCUUUUUUCACUUUUUUUUUGCUUUUUUUUCCGCUUUUUUUCGCCUCUUUUUUCCCCCUUUUUUUCCCUCUUUAUCCCCUGUUCCCUUUCCCCCUUCAUUCCCUUUAUUCCCUUUAUCCCCUUUAUUCCCUGUUCCCUUUCCCCUGCUGUCCUGCUGCCCUCCCCUGGCAGUGCCCUGGCUCUGGUGUCCCUCCUGGAUGGAUAUUUCCGACUCACGGCCGACUCCAGCCAUUACCUGUGCCACGACGUGGCCCCUCCUCGGCUGCUGCUGAGCAUCCAGCACGGCAUCCACGGCCCCAUGCAGGAGGAGUUUGUUUUUGCCAAGCUCCGCCGGGAAGAGCCGGAGGAGGGGCUCUACAUCCUGCGCUGGAGCGUCCUGGAUUUCAACCGCAUGAUCCUCUCCGUGCUCAAGAGGAGCCACCAGCAGGCUCCCGGAACGCCGGGAUCCCUCAAGUUCCGGCAGUUCCGGAUCCAGAAGAAAGGAGAGUCCUUCGUGCUGGAGGGCUGGGAUCGAGAAUUCCCCAGCCUGGGGGAGCUCCUGGAUACACUCAAGGGAUGCACCCUGAAAUCCGGAGAGGAAAACUUCACGGUGAAGAGGUGCUGCCCUCCCAAAGCGGGAGAGAUCUCGGACCUGCUGAUCUCCAGGAAGGCCAAGGACAGCGGGAAGCAGAUCCUGAACCUCAGCCAGCUCAGCUUCCACCAGAUCCGCAAGAACGAGAUCACCCAGCGAUCCCACCUGGGCCAGGGCACCAGGACCAACAUUUACGACGGGGUCCUGCGCGUGUGCUCCGGGAAUUCCGGGAACGAGGACGAAGCCGAGUAUUUUUCCACGGAGCAGAACAACAACAGCAGCGAGCGGGAGAUUCACGUGGUGCUCAAAAUCCUGGAUCCCAGCCACAGGGACAUCGCCCUGGCAUUUUUCGAGAGUGCCAGCCUCAUGUCCCAGGUGUCCCACGUCCACCUGGCCUUCGUGCACGGCGUCUGCGUCCGCGGCUCCGAGAACAUCCUGGUGGAGGAGUUCGUGGAGCAGGGCCCGCUGGACGUGCUGCUGCGCCGGGAGCGCGGCCGCCUCUCGGUGCCCUGGAAGAUCUGCGUGGCCGAGCAGCUGGGGAGUGCCCUGAGCUACCUGGAGGACAAGAACCUGGUGCACGGGAACGUGUGCGCCAAGAACACGCUGCUGGCCAGGACGGGGCUGCGGGACGGAGCCCUGCCCUUCGUGAAGCUCAGCGACCCCGGCCUCAGCCUCACCGUGCUGUCCCGGGAAGAGCGCGUGGACAGGAUUCCCUGGAUCGCCCCGGAAUGCAUCAGGGACGUGGGGAACCUCAGCACAGCUUCGGAUAAAUGGAGUUUUGGGACAACACUGCUGGAAAUCUGCUUCGAUGCCGAUGUCCCUCUGAAGGAGCGAACCCCCUCUGAGAAGGAGCGUUUUUAUGAGAAAAAACAUCGGCUGCCGGAGCCUUCCUGCAGGGAAUUGGCUUCGUUGAUAUCACGGUGUCUUAAUUAUACCCCGGUGGAGCGGCCGUCCUUCCGUACGGUCCUGAGGGAUCUCACCCGGCUCCAGCAGCACCACCUCGUGGAUGUGACUUCGGUGAAUCCUGAAUUCCCGGUGUCGGAUCCCACCAUCUUCCAGAAACGCUACCUGAAGAAAAUCCGGGAGCUGGGGGAGGGCCACUUUGGGAAGGUGAGCCUGUGCUGCUACGACCCCACCAACGAUGGCACCGGGGAGAUGGUGGCAGUGAAAUCCCUAAAAUCUGGGAGCAGCCCUCAGCUCCUGAGCUCCUGGAAGAAAGAAAUCCAAAUUCUGAAGACCCUGUACCACGAGAACAUCGUCAAGUACAAGGGGUGCUGCAGUGAGCAGGGGGACAAGGUGGUGCAGCUGAUCAUGGAAUACGUCCCGCUCGGAAGCCUUCGGGAAUUCCUGCCCAAACAUCCCCUGAGUUUAUCUCACCUCCUGCUCUUUGCUCAGCAGAUCUGUGAGGGCAUGGCUUACCUGCAUUCCCUGCACUACAUCCACCGGGACCUGGCAGCCAGGAAUGUUCUCCUGGAAAACGAGCACCUGGUGAAAAUUGGGGAUUUUGGUUUGGCCAAGGCCGUGCCAGAGGGCCACGAAUAUUACAGGGUGAGAGAGGAUGGCGACAGCCCCGUGUUCUGGUACGCUCCGGAAUGCCUCAAGGAGUGCAAGUUUUAUUAUGCCUCAGAUGUUUGGUCUUUUGGGGUGACCCUCUACGAGCUCCUGACACGCUGUGACCCCGGGAGCAGCCCCCCAGUUAAAUUCCUGGAGAUGAUCGGGGCCACGCAGGGGCAGAUGACAGUGCUGAGGUUGAUCGAGCUGCUGGAGGGGGGAAAGAGACUCCCCGUGCCCAGGGAUUGUCCCUGUGAGAUUUACAGGCUGAUGAAGAACUGCUGGGAGGCCGAGGCCUCGUUCCGCCCGGCCUUCCCCAACCUCAUCCCCAUCCUGAAGAACUUCCAGGAGAAGUAUCGGGCUCAGGCCCCCUCUGUGUUCAACCUCUGCUGAGGGGGGAAAUCCCAUGGAGUGGGGGGGAAAAAACCCCAAAAUUCUGUGGGAGGAGGGGGAAAAAAACCCAAAAUUCCAUGGA